CAAGGUCAGUUUCUUUCUUGGACUAAAUGAUUUUGUUCAAAGUAGUGUGUGUUUGCAUUGCCGAUUCUUCUGUGUGCCUGUGGAGGUAUAUCCAGGUCAAGCGGCUCGCGUUCACAGUUGAAUCAGUUCCAGCUUGGCUGGUAAAGGCGGCAAACACACACUGGUGGUUUGCAGUCUGUUUGAGUGAAUGACCACUCAUCAGCCUGCCUCUUCACUCUUGAAUUCGAAUCGAGUCAACCCGCUGGAGAAGUGAAGGGCCAUCCAAAAUCAUUUGUGUCCUUAUGUGCGAGUUGUUCAAAUGGUGUGUGUUUGCAUUGCCGAUUCUUCUGUGUGCCUGUGGAGGUAUAUCCAGGUCAAGCGGCUCGCGUUCACAGUUGAAUCAGUUCCGGCUUGGCUGGAAAGGGCGGCAAACACACAUUGGUGGUUUGCAGUCUGUUUGGGUGAAUGACCACUCAUCAGCCUGCCUCUUCACGCUUGAAUUCGAAUCGAGUCAACCCGCUGGAGAAGUGAAGAGCCACACAACCCAACCUACCAUUAUGUUUAGAAAAAUGGUAAAAAAUGAGCAUAUCUUGCAGAGUUACUAAUUUGACGCUGUUGCCACCACUAUCACGCGAGUACCUUUGUCAUCACUCUCUUCUACCGUCCAGUAUCCUUUCAUACUGUUCUGGAAGAACCUUAGUUCGUCAAGAGAUUAAGGGCAACGGAUUAAAAACAAAUAAAAAACGCGUCUUUUCACUUUUUCUCGCUCGUCAACAAGCAACAACCUCCGUUCCAAGCGCUUUUAGCCUUUUUGAUAUGGACCAGAAUAAACCUGAU